UUCCCUGGCUUUUUCAACAAUGUACCCUGUUUCCUGGCACACUCACCACUGAGGGUAAAUUCUUUUUACAAGAAGAAGAUUUUGGAGGAGAGCUGUCUAACAAGGAAAGGACGUGUGUCUAUUGAGAUAGACAAGAAGAAGGGAGGCAAAUUCCAGCCUUUUAAGAAGUUGUUUGGCAGAAGGAAAAAGAAAGGCACGUCGGUGUCCCGGGAGGGGUCUGCGGGACAGAAGAGUCGCUCUCCCCCGAGUGUCAGCAAUGGGACCUUGUCUUCCGACGAGGAGAUCCUGGAGGACAGUCUGAGGUCCUUCAACUAUUCUUUGGGAACCCGGGCGUUUUCCCAUGACAGUAUUUUUAUCCCUGAUGGGGGAGCAGAAAGUGAGCAGACAGUUCAAGCAAUGUCACAGGACAACAUCCUGGGCAAAGUCAAAACUCUUCAGCGACAGUUGGGCAAGAACAUCAAGUUUGGGCAGCCACCACCCACCGCCAUUCCCAUGAAGAAGGCAGACAGUGGUGAGGCCCGCUUGGAAGAGGAUCCAUUCCUGACCAGUCCCAUGGAAACUGUGACUCAGCAGGACAGCAUCCUCUCUGACCCCGAGAACAAAACCAGUGAGACGCCAAGUUCUCCGAGUCCUCUGAACCUGCCUGGAGCCAGAAGUGAGAUGGAAGAGAAGGUUGCUCCAUUAAAACCGUCUCGGCCAAAAAGGCACUUCUCUUCUGCUGGCACCAUCGAAAGUGUCAACCUAGAUGCCAUCCCCCUGGCCAUCGCUCGCCUGGACAACAGUGCCGCCAAGCACAAACUGUCCGUUAAGCCAAAAAACCAGAGGGUGUCAAAGAAGCACAGGCGACUUAUCGGGGAUCGACAGAACGACCAUGGUGGCCUUCCACGUCAGCUGUCCCUGGACCAGAACGGACAUCCCAGAGAAGAAAAGCCCAUUUGGCAUGAAGAGGAGCCAGAGCUGCUGGACUCGGAGGAAGAGAGGCGACGCCAAGAAGAAUACUGGCGAGAGCUUGAGGCCAAGUGCAAACGGCAGAAAGCCGAAGCUGCGGAGAGGCGACGCCUGGAAGAACAGAGACUCCAGGCCCUGGAGAGGAGGCUGUGGGAGGAGAACCGUCAGCAAGAGCUCCUGGAGGAGGAAGGGGAGGGAGAGGAGGAGAGGGAUGUCCAGGAGGAGGUAGAAAAGAGGCAGCGUGAAGCGGAGAGGCCGAGCCCGGAAGAGCCGGGCUGCCGAGGCCCAGAGCGGAGGGAGCAGGAAGAAGGAAGGCGCGCGGAGGCCGGGGAGCCGAGGCGUCCGGAGGAAGAGGCGCAUCAGGAGGAGCCGGAGGCACUGAGCCCGGGGGAGGCCCCGAGGCAGUCGCUGGAAGAGGAGGAAAGAGAGUUGAAGGAACUCAGAAGACUGGAGGAGCUGGAGGAGCAGAGACAGCAGGAGGCCGAGAAGCAGCGGCUGGAAGAGGAGAAGAGGCUGGAGGAGCUCAGGCGGCAGGAGUUGGAGGAGCUCAGGCGGCAGGAGGAGGAGAAGCAGGAGCAGAGGCGGCGGGAGGAGGAGGAGCAGAGGCGGCGGGAGGAGGAGGAGCAGCGGCGGCGGGAGGAGGAGGAAGAGCAGAGGCGGCAGGAGGCAGAGGAAAAACGAAUGGAGGACCUCAGAAGGCAGGAAGAACUGGAGCUGCAGAGGCGGCAGGAAGAGGAGGAGGCGAAGAGGAGGGAAGAGCUGAGGAAGUGGGAGGACAUGGAGGCAAAGAGGAGGCAGGAAGCGGAAAAGAAGCUUCGGGAAGCACCGAGAGGGGAAGAGGAGCAUCCGCCGCAGCUGGACCACAAAAGGGGCUUGAGGAGCCCAUUUCAGAGCGACUUUGCAGAGAAGCUAGAAGAACACAAACACCUGAAACUCAAGAAGCCAAGAGAAAACCCUGAGGAACCAAGUAUUUGCGAGAAGCAGAGCCCAGUGGCCGCCGAGCCAUCUGGAGAGCAGCAGGGAAAGCAGGGCGAUGUUCCCGGGGAUGAUCGUUGCGGACAUCAGGAAAAGAGAGAAGAAACCAAUGCACAGCCUCCACAGAGACAAGAGGCACAGUUGGAAGAGACGCUGGCUCCACGGGAGAAGAAAGAAGCUGCUGCACCAGAAACAGACAGAAAGAUGGAGGAACUCAGAUGGCAGGAAGUGGAUGAGAGGCAGACCAUGCCCAGACCCUACACUUUCCAGGUGUCGUCAGGAGGGAAGCAAAUUCUCUUCCCCAAAGUCAAUCUGAGCCCGGUGACGCCGAUGAAAGAUGCAGGACUCGCCUCCACUCCCCAGGAGCCAAAAGCGCCCAAAGCCAGCCCGGCCUCCCACUCCCUGCCCUCCUCCCUGAGCAUCCCCCACACGGCCAUUCUGGUCACGGGAGCACAGCUCUGUGGGCCAGCUGUCAACUUGAGCCAGAUCAAGGACACAGCUUGCAAGUCUCUCCUGGGCUUGUCAGAAGAAAAGAAGCACGUGGAUGUCCCCGCCCUGGAGAACCCACCUCGAGCCCCCGGCGACCCCCGGGCAGGCGGUGGGAAGGCCAGGCCCCCGCAGGAAUCUCCGAGCAGUGUGGCCGCACUUGCUGAAUGGGCUUCCAUUCGGUCCAGAAUCCUGAAGAACGCAGAGGGUGACCAGCGCAGCGAGAGAGACCAGGCCCGGCCCGGUGAUGAGUACCUUCCCAGGGGCCGAUGUGAUUCCCGCGGGAACCUCCGGAGGACCCCGCCGGUAAACGCGAAGUUCUCCAUUAAGCCUGCCUGGCAGAAAUUCCCUGAUGGGGGCGCGGAGGCCUCCAAACAGAACACAGAACCGGAAAGCUUAAAAAAAAAAUUGGUGCCGGGACCCAGCGAAGAGGCGGCGCCCCAGCCCCCUGCUGCUGACACUCAUGAGCCCCUGAAGGCUGCAGGGAAACCGGGGGCGCGCCAGGAGCCAACGGAUACCACAGAGGGGUACAAAUUUGCCAAAGACCUUCCCUCUUUCCUUGUUCCAAGCCUUCCUUACCCUCCGCAGAAAGUAGUGGCCCAGGCAGAGCCCGUGACCACUUCGGACAGUGAGACCACAGGUGGUGUAGGAAAGCCAGACCCCGUGAUGCCAGGUGGAGAGGAAAAAGCCUCCCCUUUUGGAAUAAAAUUGAGAAGGACCAACUACUCCUUGCGCUUCCACUGUGACCAGCAGACAGAACAAAAGAAGAAGAAAAGGCACAGCAGCAUGGGGGACAAUAUCGAUGGGGCGCCACCGGCCCUGGGGGGCACAAAUGAAGAGAAGGAGAGAGAGGCUGCGGCCCUUAGGCAUGGCCCGUCCUUCCCCCUGGAGAGGAAGCAAGCCCCAUCCACCUGGAAGGACCUCACUGAAAGCCCUUCCAGCCAUUCCCCUCCUGCAGGCCAGCCCCGGCCCCCACCAGCCAGCAGCCAGCCGCCAGCUCCAGAGCACGACAAGGCAGCGAACAGAAUGCCCUUGGCCCAGAAACCAGCCCUGGCUCCAAAGCCCACAGGUCAGACCCCACCGUCCUCCCCACUCUCCAAAGUGAGCCGGCCCUACUUGGUAGAGCUGCUGGCUCGCCGGAUCGGGAAGCCAGACCCAGAGCCCAAUGAGCCAUGCAAGGAGGGCCAGGACAGCGGUGACCCCCGGCCACUGUCUCCCCCACCCCCUGAGGAGAGGAAGCGGCAGAAGUGGGAUGAGGAGGAAGAAAUGGAAACAGAGAGGAGACCAGCUUCCCUGGCUCCUACUGCAGCCCAGCAAGAGAAGCCUUCUCUGACCCCUGAAGCCGGGAGGAAAGAAAAGCCAGUGCUUCAGAGCAGACACUCUCUAGAUGGCUCCAAACUUGUGGAGAAAGUUGAAACCCCGCAGCCACUGUGGAUAACGUUGGCGCUGCAAAAGCAGAAAGGAUUUCGGGAGCAGCAAGCGACUCGAGAGGAGAGGAAGCAAGCCAGGGAGGCCAAACAGGCAGAAAAGCUCUCCAAAGAAAACGUCAGUGGCAGCCUGCUGCCGGGAAGCAGCAGUGUCAGCAGAGGCAGUUCCCUGCACAAGUCCACCGCUCAGCCAGAAGAAAAGAAGCCAGAGACAGCAGUGUCCAGGCUCGAGCGCAGGGAACAGCUGAAAAAGGCCAACACUCUCCCUACAUCUGUGACAGUGGAGAUCUCCGAUUCGGCUCCCCCAGCGCCCCUGGUGAAGGAAGUCACAAAGAGGUUCUCUACGCCAGACGCUGCACCCGUGUCAACAGAACCGGCCUGGCUGGCUUUGGCCAAGAGGAAAGCCAAGGCCUGGAGCGACUGUCCACAGAUUAUUAAGUAAAGAAUGACUCUUAUCCAUUUCUUUUGCCAGUUACUGGCUCUUCUCUUGCCCUUUUUAUUUAUUUAUUUUUUAUAUGAGGUAAAGAAACCAAGCUAGGGAAAAGAAGCAUGUUUUAUAGGCUCUAAAAUAAUGUUUAGAAGCUGAACUGGUGGUGUUCCUUGUAAAAAGUGUAUUUGCACAACCCUAGGUCCUGGUGCCUUGAGCUCCUCCUAGUUCUGAAGAGAAAAAUUCCGUCCAAGGGACCACACGAAGCAAAGUCUCCAGACUAAGAAUUCCUCACAAGAGCCUGCUGUACCCAUUCUGUGGCCCUUCCACACAUGCACACCCACACACCAUUCAGAACGGGUACUUAUGCCAAUCUCUGUAAUGGUUUUUUAAUUCUUUACUCCAGUUUCUUUUAUCCAAACCAUUUACCAUAUCUUUGGGGAUUCCUACCUUUUUCCAUAGUAAUAGUGAAAGGGUCAUAUACAGAAAGAAACAAGAAUGCCCAUUCUCCUGACUGCAGUAAGCAACUGGAAAUUGCAAGUACAAGUCUGGCUCCUGGCUCUGUGCCCAUGUCCACUUUUCAUGACUUGUCCGCAGCCGGACCCUGUGACAUAGAGAGUGAGUCCACCACACUUCUACCCCUCUGCUGAGCUGCAGGCCCUGUUAGACCAGAACUCUCCUUAAGAACAUGUUAACCAUGUGGCCCAGCUGGCUUCUAGGGAAUAUUUUUAUUUCAAGUGAUUAAAAUAAAAAUAAAAAUAAAAGGAAGCUACAAAUUCUCUGUCUCUGAGCAUCCCCAUCUAGUGUAGUUGUUCUUAAGAUGUCCAGGCUCCAUCCCAGACUUACUCAAUCAGAGAUCCUGUGAGGAUGGGACCAGAUGUGUAUACUCUGGCAGAAACUAUUCAGAUAAAUUCUGGCAUAUCAGAAAGUUUGAGAACCUUAGGAUACACUGCUUCUAGUGUAAUCUAGUUUUUAAAACUCCGAAGGGGAGGCUCACUUCAUCCAAAUCAGCAAAGAUGAUAAGGAAAAAUAAUAAAACAACCCCCCAAACCAGCCAUUUAUUAUAAGGCACAAGAAGCUAUUGACAUUACCUGUCUCUGAAAAUUCUUUAGGUCUUUAGGGAAAGUUAACAGUAAGAUAAGAUUUGAAACCUUUGUACUAAGGAUUUCCUGUGGGAAGUUUCUUUACCACAGUCAAGUAAUUCAUAUUUAAAGUCAAAUGUUCAAUAACAUUUAUAAUGUAGAGCAUUCACCUUGCUACCUUUAAAAACAUCUCAGAGUUUUAAGUGGCCUUGUUUUAUACACAUGUGCUACAAAGAAGGGACUUGGCAACUUGAAAGCCACAUAUAUUCACUUUUAUGUUCCCUAAAUUUGCUUUACAUGAAACACAUACAGCAGACUCACACGUUGUUAGUAGUAACUUACAUUUCAUGGUGUUGGGCAUCUUUCCCUUUUCUUAGAUUCUAACUUCAAAAUCUAAGUACAAAUCCUCUGCCUAGUACAAGGGAAGGAAUUACAUCCUUUUAUCCUCUCCUACAAAAACACAUUUUAUUAGUGUCAUUUUCCUUUAUGCUUAUUCAAUAGAGUGUGCUGUUAUUCUACUAUUUAAAGGAUGACAGCAGUUAUUUACCUUACAGAAGGCAUUUUCUUUCUGGAAACGAUGGCUCAGCCUCCUGGUAGCAGCUGGCACGUGUGGUGAAGCGCACAGUUGUACUUUUUGCAAGGUGGAGUUAAUACUAUAUAUAGUGGUCCUUCAGACUGUUAAGACUCAAUGGAACUUUAAAUUUCUAUGGCUAUGAGAAGCAAUUAAUAUUCCACUGCACGUUUUCCACACUCAUGUUCAUUUCUAAAUCAGAUAUGUAGGCAUUUGUUAGUUUCAAUGAUUUCUUCACUAACACUUUUAAUAGGAAUCUUUCCACUUAGAGCCCUGGAAAUACAGUGCUACAUUAAUUAUUCUGAAUGGACUUUUUCUUUCAUCCUAUCAGCUCUGACUAAUAUCACAGUAAUGGUAGAAAACAGGUGAAGAAAUCAGAUCAUUAACAAAGAGUGGUACACAAGUUAACUGUACUGGCUUACCUACCACUGAGCCCACACAAGGAGAAAUACCUCAGUUAAAAAACUUCCAUCAGAAUCUUUAAGAGUGUACUGAGGAAAUGACAGUCACAGCACUUAACUUCCAAAAACUUCUAAAGGCUACAUGUUUAGUAUUUCAUGCAAAAAUUACUCCAAAUUUGCACUAAAUACCAAUGAAGUGUUAUUUUGCUUUAGCUGUGUUGCAGUCUUUUCUGAUCAACAAACUAUGGGGGAAGUUCUGUAAAGCAUAUAAAAAAUUCAAGACUUAAAAAACAUGAAUGAUUGCUAUGUUAAAUACGCAAGCUUAGUUUUUUUUUUUUUAAACAUAUACAUUUCUGGCAAGGUUACAGAUGAUUAACCUCUGUUCAUAAGACUUACAUAUACAAAACUAGAGUUUUUAUGUUUACUUUUUUAAUUUUUCAAGUGCAAUUGUUUCUUAUACAACAUUAAUUACUAUUAAAUUAUCAUUUUAGCCAGUUAUUAGCAAAUUGUAGUAUGUAUUGUCUCUUCUUGUGACGUUUAGUUUUAAUUGCUUAUUUUAAAGCAGAAACAUUAGAGUUACAAGUGUCUUGCAAUAUUUUUAUCAAUAAUAAAAUGAAGUAGAGACUUAACAAUGAAAAUACCUUAGUGUGAUUUUAAUAUUAUUUUGAGAUUUUGGUUGUAUAAAGUUUUAAUGUAAAAUGUUCACUAUUGAAGGAAAAAGACCUUUCAAUAAAAAAUACCCACAAGA